AUGGAUAUAUCUGAUGUCAUCACUGAUGUUGUUCCCCUCUCGAUUGUUCUUGUCCAUGCAACUCCCAUGAGAAAGGCCAUAACUUCAUCUUCAAUAAAAGGAAAACCUACUAAAGUAAGUACCUCUUCCACUCCCUCCAUAACUGCUAGAAAUAUGAAUGAUCCUGAACCCCCAAUUGUUGUGAAGAAACCCAUGUCCAUGACUAGUCUGUAUCUCGACCCCAUAAACAUUGGACCUAAUGUUGAUGUGUCUGAAGAUUGUCCCGCUGUGAUAAAUGUUAUGGAAAAUGUUGAAGCUUCUGGAACCAACAGUAAACCUAGAUCUGUUACUACCUUGAGUAAAUCUAGCGUGAUCAUUGCUGACAGAGACGAUGUUGAUAAGAAUAUUCGUGUGUUGAUCUCUCAAGUAUUGGGGAUUGACCCCAAGUUAAAUGUCAUGUCGGAUGUCAAGACAUCCUUGGCUCAAUCGGAUUUUAAUACUGAGAACCCCAUAGAUAAUCCUGAUAUGCAUGCACCUACUCUGUCUCCUGAGAAAUCUCAAGACAAAGAAAGGUCUGAAGAUAUAACUAAUGAGCUGGGUAACAAAGAUAAAAACAUUGUUGAUCAAUCCACUAACAUUGUUAAUAUUGAGGGACUGGACUCUGAUGAUAUUCCUAUUGGGCAAAGACUAGCUCUUGGCAUUGCUAAAAGAUUGAGGAAUAGAAAAGGCCAAGUUGUUGGAUCCUCUAGAACUCCCUCCAAAUCCGUCAGAAACAAAGCUAGUGUUGGUCCCACUAAAAGAUGGAGCAAGGUGGUGACUCCUGUAUCUAAGAAGAAGUCCCUGAAAAAGAAAGAAGUUCCCUCUAAUACUAGGGAAUCUGAUUAUGAUGUCGAACACAAUAUUCAGGAUAUCAUCUUUACUUCUAGAAAGCAAGCCUAUGGGAAGAAGAUACCAGCCAAUAUUCUUGAAGUUCCACUUGACAACAUUUAUUUUCACUCUGUUGAAAAUGUUGAAAAAUGGAAAUAUGUUUAUCAAAGAAGGUUAGCACUGGAAAGGGAAUUGGGGAAGGAUGUUUUUUAG